CAGCUAAGACAUCACUUUUAGUCUUAGCAAAUCAUCCUAUUCUUUGUCUUUCUCGUUUGCUCUCCACCUCAAAAUUUUAUUACUCUCAUUUAUAUGCUCCAAAGGUACAACACUUACGUUUGUUGCCAAUCCUGUUUUGUUCCGUCCUUCAUCUAUAUUCUUGAUCAGGAAAAAAUUCUUGAUCACGGAAAAAGGUGCAGCAGCGUUCCCUUUCAAUCUUGAAGUUGAUAUAUAUUUAGAGCCAAAGAAAUGAAUUGCGGCAGAAGUGGCAGGUGGUGCUCAGAUGUUUUGUUUCGAAGACUUCUGCUGGUAGGACUCAUUUGGUUCUUGUGGGUAGGCAUCUUAGAGAAUGAAGCAGCAACGCUAAAUUCUGAGGUAGCAGGUGGAAGUUGGAAGCAUAUGGAACUGAUAGGAAAGAGGCUUCUUAAUGCUCAUAAACAUUUGGAAAUUAACUUUGUCAGCAAAAGAAGAGUUCCAAAUGGACCAGACCCCAUCCACAACAGAAGGGCUGGCAACUCUCACCGGCCACCAGGUCGAGCAUAGGAGACUCCAAGAGAAGCUACGAUUUAACGCAGAGGAGACUGCAGGCCAUCAUUUGCUUUCUUGUAUGUACUUCUUGGAAAUGUGACCAUGUCUUAUUGACAGCGUUUGAGAAAUCCCAGAUUGUUUAGAUUUUUUACUGACUUGAUCAAUUUGCUAGGUUCGUGGGAGUUAAUGGACUCUUGGGGAUGUGUUUUUAGACAAGGAAAGAAAAUGUUGUCAAAAAAACAGACGAGCUAACUGUUGUAGGAAUGUAGAAUCUUUUCUUUUUUUUUUUCCCUUUCUAAAUGUGUUUUGGACAAGUGUACAACUAGUUGUUCUAGAGAAGAGAGACGGAGUCUUGAGAGUCGAGAUCAGGCAGUCGAAAUUUUGGAAGUGGAAGAACAAGUUUGAUGGA